AUGUCGACUAUUGAUAAUCAUGAUAUUCAUGUACCAUUCAUACAGACAGCAAUUGAACUUUCGAAAUCUGCUGUCGAGAAUGGAAAUCAUCCAUUUGGUGCCUGUCUGGUUUCAAAAGAUGGUGAAGUAUUGCUAACUGCCCAAAAUACAUGUGCUACACCUGUCCGUGAUGUUACUCGUCAUGCAGAACUUAAUCUGAUUAGUAUGGCAACACAGAAAUUAAGUCAAGAGGUUCUUGAGCAAUGUACGUUGUAUACGAGCUGUGAGCCAUGCCUAAUGUGUACGGGUGCUCUUCGAUGGAGCGGCAUUCGAAAAAUGGUAUAUGCACUUUCAAAUGAAACUUUAGGCAAACACGCAGGUUUUGAUAGUCUUUUACCAUGCCGACCAUUGUUACCAGCACCGCAGUACACUGUCAUUGGUCCUGUUCUUGAAAAUGAAGCGGAGAUAGUGCAUACAAAAUUUUGGUCAAAAGAAUAA